AUGGUCAAGGACCCCCCCACCAGCUCCCCCCACCCCCUACCCCCAAAACACUUCACCCUGUAUCUCCACCCAUCCACCUGCCCAAACCACUCCCAACCCGAGCCACCCCCAUUCCACUCCCGAGCCGUGAAACCCUCCGGCCCUUCAUUUCAACCCGGAAUCCUACCCGGUCGCUAUGCACCACCACAUGAAAGCAUGGGAGUGUACCACGUCCAAAGCCUGCCCCACUCACAAUCUAGUGGCCCCCUCACCCUGAUCCCGCCCCCCUGCCCCCGCUACUCCCACGCUUACACGCCGCCCUGA